AUGGCUUCUCCCCGUCCUCCGCACGCUUUCGGUCCUCAAGGCUAUCCUCUUCCUAACGGUGCCGCCGUGCCUACUCCUAAUCCUGCCCCCGGGGCCGCCCCUCUUCUUCCGAACAACGGCAGGAUUAUCCAGAAUGGUCCCGUGAGGAUACUGUGUAUUGCGGAUGUCAGAGGAAAUUUGAGGUCUCUGAAUGAACUGGCCAAGCAGGCCCGCGCGGAUCACAUCAUUCAUACUGGUGACUUUGGUUUCUACGAUGACACUUCGCUGGAUCGGAUUGCGGACAAGACCUUGAAACACGUGGCGCAAUACUCGCCUCUGUUGCCAGAGAAUGUUAAGCGGUCGAUCGCCCAAGCUCCGCACCAGCAGUCUAUUAAGCAACGGUUUUCGCAAGAACAGCUCCCGCUCUCCGAGCUUUCGAUGCUGCUCGACAAGCGGCUCACGCUCGAUGUUCCUGUUUACACUGUGUGGGGUGCGUGUGAGGAUGUGCGCGUGCUGGAAAAGUUCCGCUCGGGGGAGUACAAGGUGGACAAGCUGCACAUUAUCGAUGAGGCCAACUCGAGAUUGUUGGAUAUUGGCGGUGUGAAGCUGCGGUUGCUGGGUCUGGGUGGUGCCGUGGUUAUGCACAAGCUGUUCGAUAAUGGCGAGGGGAAGACUACGAUUGCUGGUGGUCAAGGUACCAUGUGGACAACUUUGCUCCAGAUGGGCGAACUGAUAGAUACGGCCAAUCGUGUAUAUGACCCGUCAGAGACUCGAAUCUUCGUUACACAUGCGUCGCCGGCUCGUGAAGGAAUGUUGAACCAGCUUUCCGUCACCCUCAAAGCUGACUUUUCGGUCUCCGCCGGUCUUCACUUCCGUUACGGUUCGUCUUACAACGAGUUCUCCGUCAACCCCUCCCUCGACCACUACCGUGGGAAGCUGGCCGCUUCGAAGGCUUCCUUCAACGACGUGUGGGAGACUGUUCGCAACGAGGUUGAGGCCGCCAUUUCCUCCAACGAAGCCCAGAAGACCCUCCUCGAUAACGCCCUCGACGUGGUGCAGAGAAUGCCUACGAUCGCCAACGGUGGCAACCCAUUCGGUGGUCCUAGCGCUGCCGGAGCCGCGGCUGGUCAGGUCGACGAGAGCGCUUUUAAGAACAUGUGGAACUUCAACCUUGCUGACGCAGCCUUUGGUUUCCUGGUUCUUGAGAUCGAAGGUGGACGUAUUGCUACGGAGAUGCGUGCUCAAGGAUUCAACUUUGCACACCGUACCGGCAAGCCUGUUCCUGCUGCCCAGCUUCCCGCCGGUGCAGCUCCCGCCAACGUUGCUCGUGGGCCUGGCGGUCCUCCCCAGUUUGGACAAGUCCCUCGUCCUGGUGGACCUGCCCAACCACAACCACCUGCGGCGCAGCCCCAGCCCCAGCAACCGCCGCAACAGCCCCAGCAGCAGGGCCCAACCAAGGGUCAACCGGUCCCUGUUAUCCCGAAGCCGGCGACUCCUCAGCCCCCUGCUGCGACUCAACCUGCCGCUGCACCAUCAGAGAAGCCUGCCACUGGCGAAGCUAACGGUACUGCGCAGCCAGAGAAACCAUCCGAAUCGCCGAUUUCCAAGGGCGACAAGAAGCAGAGCAACGGUCUUUUCGUGUCGAACGUGGAAAAUGAGCAAGCGGUCCGUGAUCUCUUCACCGAGGAGGACAAGGCGAAGAUAUUGAAGAUCGAGAAAUGGGGAAAGUACAACAACCACGUUGUGACAUUCACGACUAUCGAAGAGGCUAGAGCUGCGCUGGAUCGCCAACCCACGGAGCACAGGAAACCUACCCCGGCCGGCCAGCCCCGCAAGCCCAACGUCAAGUUCUUCGAGGACCGCAGCCACCGCGGUGGUGCCGGUCAAUGGCAAGGAAGCAACAGAGGUACGAACUCCCAGCGGGGAUACCAGAGUGGAGGUGCCAGUGACAGUGAAGGAGGAAGAGGCCGUGGAGGAUUCGGACGUGGUCGUGGCCGUGGAGGAGACCGCGGUGGACGGAGUGGACGUGGACGUGGCGGCUUCAACAAGGGAGGUGCCCCAUCGUCAGAGUCCCCUGCACCGACAUCGACGCCAUCCGGCGACAAAGGCGACGCGUGA